GUAAACGCAACCACACACUCCUUCCACUCCCCUCCAAUUCUUCACUCCCCGCAUCCUCUUGACGAAUUCUUUGCACUCUCUCUCAUCGCUCGACACUCGCAAUUCUCAACUCAAUCUGAUUUCGAAGAAAAAUGGUAAAGCUAGCCUCAGCCCGCGAAAGCAGAAUGUACGGGCCAAGAUUGUCCCGGAACAGAUCAGAGUACAUGAAUGCGGGCCUAUACGUGUUCGCAACGAUCCUGCUUCUGGGAGGUUUCACCGCCCAGCUUUCGCACGAGCCCAAAUCCGGGCUCGUGCUGCUGCUAAUAGGAUUUUUGAUAAUUAUAUUGGUUAACUUGCAUGAUCUCAUCGCUCAUCUUGCGGGGAUCGAUUACCGGUUGCCGUUGAUGGAGUUCGAUCUGCAGUUGGGACUCGUCGAGUUCGCCGUGCCUCUGGUUUAUACUAUAGGGACGCUUCUCUUUUUCCUGGCAACUCUUUUUCUUUUCCUCCAGGCAGAAAAAGGAUACGUGAACUUCAAACUGGAACGGGUCGCUUUAAGCAUGCUUGUUGCGGGUCCGGCUCUAUGGCUUCUUGGAUCAAUCCAUAACUCAUGUCAGAUCUAUGAGAGGUCGGAUGGACAUGUUCAAAUCUUGCAGGAGUCUGUUCUUAUUCCGUUCUUGAUGGCGAGUAUGUUGUUUCUUGUUGGUGCAAUUGUCAAUGGUCGAGAGCAGGUUGGACAUAGUCAUCAUCAUGGCUUGAAGUUAUUGGGUGAUACAUGGAUAUGGCUAGGUAUAUUCGGAAGCCUAAUACUCUUUAUCGGAGCAUUGGCAAAUGUCGUAAAAGUUUUCAAGAUGCUACAACUUAGCGGCCUAAGAUUAGAGAAACUGAGGCGGUUGGUCCGACUAAGAGAAGGGCAGAUGCCACUCAUCGGGGGAGAACAGAGGAGACCACCCAACCGUAUAAGUGAAGGGCCGAUGCCACCCAUUGUGGAAGAACAGAGGAGGGAGAGGCCUGCGGUGGACAUCGAGGAGGGUGCAUCCAAGGAAGUUCCGACGCCCUAUAAAGACGUCCUUGUUGGUCAGAGAUGA